AGGUCACCUGAUUGAUUUGGUUUGGUCUUUGGAUCUCAUUUCUCUUCUUUUAUCUGUUAAGGAACAAUUUCAUAAAAAUGUCAAAGAAGCCAAGUCCUAAGUCGCCUAAAAGCCCCAAAAGUCCAAUAUCCCCUCGACCUCCAAGUGGCAAACCUAAAAGUGCAGGAUCCUCCCGAAAUCGCUCUUCCAAAGUCAGAGCAACACCAACGCCUCAGGAUGCAGGCACUGAAAAACAGGAACCCACUGAAACGCAAGAAAUAGAAGUUCCAGAGGAGGUCCCACAACCAGUUGAAAUCCCUGAAGAGACUCCUGUUGACAUAAUAGAAGAACCAGACUUGAAACCCUUGAUUAAAAGCAGGGUUGUUUUAAGUGGCCUAAAAGAGGACAUGUGGACUGAAGAACAUGACCAAAUCCUUGACCGUUUCAUCAAAGAAGACGCUUUGAGAGUCCUGAUUGUUCAUAUAGAUCCCUACAUUGGACUUAGAGUGGACUUUUCAGUCCCAGCUCAGAUUGUAGACCAGCUGGCAUACUUCAUCCGUAAAGAAGGAAAGGUGAUCACAGUGGAAGAGUUUGAGACUAUAGUGCAGUUUGGUUCAGUGCGUGGGCCAUACAUAGAAAGCGUCCUGCGGUUCAUGAAUGGGAUUUGUGCUCAGCAUAUCUUUGAUAAUACAACUUGGCCACAAAGUAUCAAAAACAGCCUCUCCACUCAACUGGAUCGCUACCUUACCAGUCUUACAGAUGUUCUCUUUAAGUCAAAGGGACAAACAGUUCUGUACAUUCCAGUGGAAGUUCUACAGUAUAACCCUCAAACAGCAUCAAAGGAUAAAGAGCUUGUCCUUAGAAUGGAGAUUGUUGUGAUUCACUGGACCCGUCAAAUUAAGGAAGUCUUGAGUGCCCAGGAAGCUGUAGAGCGAGGUGACAACUCAGGGGUGUUGGAAGAAAUUGACUUCUGGAAGAAUCGCUGUGCCGACCUGUCUGGAAUCAGUGAGCAGCUUAAUAAACCUGGAGUUCAGCACAUCCAAGCCAUCCUGGAGCUCUCCAAAUCGUCAUACUUGGGACCAUUUCGGAAACUCUCCAAGCAAAUUCAGGAUGGUUCGAUGCAAGCCCAAUCAAAUCUUUUAUUCCUUUCUAUUCUUCGGGAACCAUGUGAAGAGCUGGCCAAUCUUAAGCCUCGUGAGAUCCCUGAAAAGUUGCCCAAGUUGCUGAGUUUAAUACGAAUCAUUUGGGUGAACUCUCAGCACUACAACACACGGGAGCGUAUAACAUCACUUUUCCGAAAGGUGAGCAAUGAUAUCAUCCGACUGUGCUGCAAAGAGAUAUCCCUGGACCGUUUUUUUGAGGGGUACACUGUAGAAAGUGAAAAGAACUUCAACGACUGUAUUUACUGCUGUCAGGCAUGGAAAGAACAUUACCUUCAUGUCUCACAGCUUCAUCAUAGAUUUUCUGUGAUAUCCUGGUGUACAUGCUUCAGAUAUGGAGAAGCACACAGUGACCUAGUAUGCUCACAAAAAGGCUGGGUUUUGGAUCAGACCAGCAUUUUUGCACAGAUUGAUGCCUUUAUUCAGCGCUGUAAGGAUCUGCUGGAGGUGUGUGAAUGCCAGAGGCUCUUUGCCAGGUGGGAGAAUGGCAAUAAGACACCUAUGCCCUGCUUUGGUGGUCAUAAAGGGCCAGAAAUUGCUCGUACUAUGCUGGAGAUUGAAGGCACAUUUGAAAAGAACCUGCAGAUCCUUAAAGCUGUUAAAAAGACAAUCCUGGACGUGAAGAAUACCUCCUGGCAUGAUGACUAUAACAGGUUUCGCUCCAGUAUCAAGGACCUGGAGGUCAUGAUGCAGAACCUUAUUAACAUGGCCUUUGAGACAGUGUGUUCAGUUGAGCAUGGAGUAGAGCUACUAGAUGUCUUCCAGCACCUAUCUUCAAGAGAGGCCAUCAAGCGUGCCAUCGACAAAAAGACAGUGGAUGUUUAUGCUAUGUAUAAUGAUGCCCUCAAUCUGGUUAACAAAGAGUUAAGCAAGAAGAUAUGCACCUUGCCACCGCAUAUGCCCCACUUCGCAGGCCAGGCACACUGGGGCAGAGCAUUGCGCCGCUGUAUUGAGAGGCCCAUGGAGGUUCUUGCUAAAGCACACUUCAUUCCAAAUAUUGGAACGGGUGAGGAAGUACGAGCAUCCUAUCAACAGCUGGUGCAGAUCCUUGAUGAUAUGGUUCGCAAGAUCUUCACCGAGUGGAAUCAGACCUUAGAUAAAAACAACCUGAAGAGACUGGAAAUGCCUCUGAUGACACGUAGCCAAGAGAAAACUGGUUUGAUGCAAGUCAACUUUGAUAAAGAUCUCCUUAAAAUGUUUAAUGAGAUUCACUACUGGCAGCGUCUUUACUUUGAAGUCCCACACUUUGUGAUGCCAAUUUACCAUCGCAGAGAUGACCUAAGGACCCUUCGGGAGAGUGUGCUGCUUGUGGUUCGAGAUUAUAACCGGAUCAUUGAGGCUUUAUCUCCUGAAGAGAUAGGAUUGUUCCGUGAACGCAUCCGCUUCCUCGACAAAAAGAUCCAGCCUGGAUUGUCCAAAUUACUUUGGUCAACUAAAGGUGUAUCAAAUUUAUUCAUCACUGACUGCAGGUUUCAUGCUGGGAAGGUCCAGACAAUUGUAGAUGAAUACAAGGCUGCAAAUGCUAUGAUUUCUCGCAAUGCUUGUCAGAUCAGCGAACUACUCUUGGUGUGCAUAGAUGGGAAACGCAUCUAUAAGGACUUGGAAUUUGAGGAGGAUCAGUUGACGCACCAAGAAAGAGUCCAGCAACGGUUGAAGAGCAUACACAAUGACAUUGUUGGCAUAAUGAGUCGAGUAUAUGAGACCUUCAAAUCAGAUGGCCCAGAGGUUCAACAGUACUGGGUUGGCUACACUGAGAAGAUGGACCGUAUGAUGGAGGAAGCUUUCAGGCUCAAUGUAAAAUGGUCUCUGCAGGAGCUGUCCAAAGCUAUUAAUGGAGACAGCAAGACCACCCCUAAUCCUUUGUUUAGAGUCAUGGUGAUACUGCACAAUGACAUUCCUGGUUCUGUUGCUCAGGUGGAGUUUUCUCCCACGCUAAUCAAACUAGCAAAUGUUGUGAACAGCAUCAGCAAGCAACUCAUCAGUACCAUCUCCACAGUCAAAACGUUCUCCCUGACUUGCUCAACUCCGAGGAGAUCUCAGCGCGACCCUAUUUACGUCAUCAUAGCGUGAGUAUGAUCACAAGAGCGUGAUGAAGAUAUUAAGAAAAUUCAAAGUCAGAUUGGUGCAGGCAUGUCUUCUAAUGCCAGCCUCCUACAGACCUACCAGAAAAUUUGGGACAAGUACCGAGAAAUAUGGGAGAUCAACAAAGAUUCUUUCAUUCGAAGAUACCAGCGUCUCAACCCUCCAGUCUCUUCCUUUGACGCUGAUAUUGCCAGAUAUGCAGAAGUGGCUAACAAUGUCCAGAAGGAAGAAACAGUGAUCAAUAUACAGUUUGUGUUACUGGAUUGCUCACCUCUUAAGUUCUCACUAGUGCAACACUGCAACGAGUGGCAGAAUAAGUUCACAACUCUGCUGAGUGAAAUGGCCAGUAGCCGCCUGGCUGAACUUCAUCACUUCCUGCAAGAGAAUGCUGCCAAUGUCAGUAAGCCUCCACAGACUCUGAUGGAGCUAGGAGACAGUCUGAAACUCUUGGAGUUGCUACAGUCUGAGUUGACAAAGACAGAGGGACGGAUUCCACCUAUCCAUGAGCAAUUUGCAAUCCUGGAAAAGUAUGAAGUCCCCAUAAGUGAGGACGUUCAGCAAAUGUUGGAAGCACUGAACAGUGAGUGGGUCUCCUUCCAGCAGUGCAUAAUAGAUUCAGAAGUCAUGCUAAACAGAGACAAGGAGAGGUUCAAGGCUGAACUGAUUGGCUCAGCAGAAGAAUUUAAAAAGAAGGUGUACGCACUUGUGGAUGAGUUUGGACAUACAGGCCCAUUCACCAGCACAGUGGCUACAGCUGCAGCUCUGGAAAAGAUCAGCAUUACACGUAGCCAGCUCAAUGGUCUCAAAGAAGAGGAAUCCGUUAUCCGCAAUGGCUUAAGCAUUUUUAAAAUCGAGCAACCUGCCUCAAAGGAAAUUCAGGCACUGGACCAUGACUUAGACUAUCUGCAGCAGACCUGGGAAAUCACAAAGGAAUGGGAAGACCACUGGAAUUUGUGGAAAUCGGGCGAGUUUCACACCUUGCAAACAGACAUCAUGGAAGCGAUGGCCCAGGGGUUGUUUAAGAAAUUGCACCGCCUUAGCCGUGAGCUCAAGGAAAAGAACUGGGAAAUCGUUGAAACGUCAAAGAGUAAAAUUGACCAGUUCAAGCGAACGAUGCCACUCAUUUCAGAUCUCCGGAACCCCGCGAUGAGGGAACGACACUGGAAUCAAAUCAAGCAUGAAGUUCAGCGGCCCUUUGAUCAGACCAGCAGUGAUUUUACUCUAGAGAAAAUUGUGGCAUUGGGACUUGAACAACACUCCGAAAAGAUCAAUGAAAUCUCAGGUGCCGCUAGUAAAGAGCUGUCAAUUGAACAGUCUCUUGAGGCAAUUGCUAAAACAUGGCAGAUUAUAAUUUUGGAGAUAGCACCUUACAAAGAUAAGGGCCAUCACAGAUUAAAGGGGACAGAUGACGUGUUCCAGGCACUAGAAGAUAACCAGGUGACUCUGUCCACAAUGAAGGCUUCUCGAUUUGUAAAAGCAUUUGAGCAAGAAGUAGAUCGCUGGGAACGAUGUCUGUCUCUCAUUCUGGAAGUGACUGAAAUGAUUCUCAUUGUGCAAAAACAGUGGAUGUAUCUUGAGAACAUCUUUCUUGGUGAAGACAUCCGAAAACAGUUACCACAAGAGUCUGCCGAAUUUGACUCUGUCAACUUCAGUUGGAAGACUAUCAUGGAUCGGCUGAAGGCAGAUAAUAAUGCACUUAGAGGGACUCAUCAUCCAGGCCUGCUAGAAAAGCUGACUGAGAUGAACACCAAGUUGGAAGAGAUCCAGAAAUCUCUGGACAUGUACCUGGAGACCAAGCGUCAGAUCUUCCCACGUUUCUACUUCCUUUCCAAUGAUGAUCUGCUGGAGAUCUUGGGCCAGUCCCGCAACCCUGAAGCGGUGCAACCACACAUGAAGAAGUGCUUUGACAACAUCAAGAGCUUGAAGAUCCAGAAGCUUGGAAUUGGAAACAGAUUUGAGGCAUUUGGGAUGUUCUCUGCUGAUGGAGAGUAUAUUGAUUUUGUCCAUCCUGUAUUGCUGGAGGGUCCUGUGGAGGCUUGGCUUUGUGAUGUUGAGAGGACCAUGCGCUGGACUCUAAAGGACUCUCUUAAAAACUGCUGCCAGGCUCUGAAGAAAAUGACUGGAAAGCGAGACAAAUGGGUCAAGGAUUGGCCGGGACAGAUGCUAAUCACCUCUAGUCAAAUCCAAUGGACAACUGAUGUCACCAAGUCUUUGAUCACCACCAAAGAGAGAGCAGACAAAGGAGCCCUAAAGAGCCUGAGGAAAAAGCAGGUGUCAAUGCUUAACAAGUACUCAGAAGCAAUUCGGGGAAACCUGGCAAAAAUUAUGCGACUGAAAAUCGUGGCGCUAGUGACAGUGGAAGUUCAUGCCAGGGAUGUCCUUGAUAAAUUGGUCAAAUCAGGCUGCAUGGAUGUGACUGCAUUUGAGUGGCUCAGUCAGCUCCGACUUUACUGGGACAAGGAUGUCGACGACUGUGUAAUCAGACAGACUAACACUCAUUUCCAGUAUGGGUAUGAGUAUCUGGGCAAUUCUGGACGCUUAGUCAUUACACCGCUUACUGACAGGUGCUACAUGACUUUAACCACAGCGCUGCACCUACACCGUGGAGGGUCUCCUAAAGGCCCAGCAGGCACUGGGAAGACAGAAACGGUGAAAGACUUAGGAAAGGCUCUUGGAAUGUACGUCAUUGUUGUCAAUUGCUCAGAGGGGCUCGACUUCAAAUCCAUGGGCCGAAUGUACUCAGGACUGGCACAGACGGGUGCUUGGGGCUGCUUUGAUGAAUUCAACCGCAUCAACAUUGAGGUGCUGUCUGUGGUGGCACAACAGAUCCUAUCCAUCUUGUCAGCUCUCUCAGCUAACCUUCAGCGUUUCGUUUUUGAGGGUCGAGAGAUUAAUUUAGUUUGGUCAUGCGGCAUCUUCAUCACAAUGAACCCAGGAUACGCUGGCCGUACUGAGCUUCCAGAUAACCUUAAAUCCAUGUUCAGGCCCAUCUCCAUGGUGGUUCCAGAUUCCACACUGAUUGCAGAGAUCAUUCUCUUUGGUGAAGGCUUCAAUAACUGCAAGAUCUUGGCAAAGAAGGUGUUCACCCUGUAUUCUCUGGCUGUGCAGCAGCUCUCUAAGCAGGAUCAUUAUGAUUUUGGACUCCGAGCUCUCACCUCUUUGUUGCGUUAUGCUGGCAAGAAGCGACGUGUCAGGCCUGACGUCUCUGAUGAGGAGAUUCUUCUGAUGUCAAUGAAGGACAUGAACAUUGCCAAGCUGACUUCAGUGGAUCUGCCUUUAUUCAAUGCCAUCAUCCAAGAUCUCUUCCCGGGUGUGGAAACUCCUACAAUUGACUAUGGGAAGUUAAGAGAGACCAUUGAAUCGGAGCUGCGGUCAGUUGGGCUUCAAAUCACCCGAUUCACACUGACUAAAAUAAUCCAGCUGUAUGAAACCAAGAACUCUCGACACUCCACCAUGAUUGUGGGCAAGACAGGCAGUGGCAAGUCAGUUACAUGGAAGAUACUAAAGGCGGUCCUCAGCACACUACAGCACAAAGGAGAACCUGGAUACAAUGCUGUCAGGGACUUUCCCUUGAACCCUAAAGCCAUAACCCUUGGAGAGCUCUAUGGCGAAUAUAACCUAGCAACAAAUGAGUGGACAGACGGUGUGCUCUCCAGUCUGAUGAGAGUUGCUUGUGCAGAUGAAAAACCUGAUGAGAAGUGGAUUGUGUUUGAUGGUCCGGUGGACACACUGUGGAUUGAGAGCAUGAAUUCGGUGAUGGAUGACAAUAAGGUGCUGACCCUUAUUAACGGAGAAAGGAUCUCCAUGCCUGAGCAGGUUUCUCUCCUUUUUGAGGUGGAAGACCUGGCUGUAGCCUCUCCAGCAACAGUGUCCCGUUGUGGGAUGGUCUACACAGAUUAUUCAGAUUUGGGGUGGAAGCCCUAUGUUCAGUCCUGGAUUGAGAAGCGUGCAAAGCUUGAAGUGGAAUACCUCCAGCACCUUUUUGACAAGUUUAUUGAGAAGGUUUUACUGUUUAAAAAGGCUAACUGCAAAGAGUUAGUAAAGAUUGCCGAGCUUAAUGGUCUCAUCUCCCUCUGCAAACUAUAUGAAACUUUGGCCAUACCAGAAAAUGGGGUGAACCCAAAUGACUCUGAAAACUACGGCCGCAUGAUUGAGCUGUGGUUUACCUUCUGUAUGAUCUGGUCAGUAUGUGCUGCCGUUGAUGAGGACAGCAGGAAAAAGAUGGAUGGUUUCCUGAGAGAGAUGGAAGGAACAUUCCCCAACAAGGACACUGUCUAUGAAUAUUAUGUUGAUGCCAAAAACAAAACAUGGAGCUCAUUUGAAGAGAAACUUCCAAAAGGCUGGCGAUACAACCAAAAUGCUCCAUUCUAUAAGAUAAUAGUGCCCACUGUGGACACGGUGCGUUACAACUUCCUGGUUAGUGCCUUAGUGUCCAACCAGUGUCCAGUACUUUUGGUUGGUCCAGUCGGAACAGGAAAGACAUCAGUGGCCCAGAAUGUCCUUCAGUCUUUGGAUGCCACCAAAUGGUCUGUGCUGUCCGUCAACAUGUCUGCUCAGACAACAUCAAAUAACGUUCAAGACAUUAUCGAGAGCCGCAUUGAGAAGAGAACUAAAGGGAAUUACGUCCCUAUCGGAGGAAAGAAGCUAAUCACAUUUAUGGAUGACCUCAACAUGCCUUGCAAAGACACCUUUGGCUCCCAGCCUCCUCUGGAGCUCAUCCGACUCUGGAUAGAUUAUGGCUUCUGGUAUGACCGGCAAAAGCAAACUGUCAAAAAUGUCAAGGAUAUGUUUCUCCUGGCUUCCAUGGGCCCCCCUGGUGGUGGAAGGACUGAAAUAUCAGGACGACUGCAGAGCCGAUUCAAUCUCAUCAAUAUGACUUUCCCAACUGAGUCUCAAAUUAGCCGUAUCUAUGGUACCAUGAUCAAUCAAAGACUGCAAGAUUUUGCAGAAGAAGUAAAGCCUAUUGGCAAAGUGAUCACCCAGGCCACCAUAGAGAUCUACAACAACGUUGUGCAGAAGUUUCUACCUACACCGGCUAAGAUUCACUACCUGUUCAACCUGCGAGACAUUUCUAAAGUCUUCCAGGGACUGCUACGUGUUCACAAGGACUUUCAUGAUACCAAGCAGAGCAUCAUACGGUUGUGGAUACAUGAAUGCUUCAGAGUGUUCUCAGACCGACUGGUGGACCAGAGUGAUAUGGAAACUUUCAUUGGGAUGCUGAGUGAGAAGCUGGGGUCACUUUUCAACCUGACAUACCACAGCAUUUGUCCAAACAAGCAGCCGCCCACGUUUGGGGAUUUUAUUCGUGAGCCAAAGGUAUAUGAGGAUUUAACUGAUUUCAAAGCCCUGAAGCUGUUUAUGGAGAGGCAACUGGAAGAUUAUAACCUGACGCCUGGCGUCGUAACCAUGAACAUGGUAUUGUUCAGGGAUGCCAUUGAGCACAUUACUCGCAUUGUCCGGGUGAUCGGCCAGCUGCGUGGAAACAUGCUUCUAAUUGGCAUCGGUGGCUCCGGCAGGCAAAGCCUCUCCCGUCUGUCUUCCUACAUCUGCGACUACAAAGUCUUUCAGAUUGAGGUCACCAAGCAUUACCGCAAGCAGGAGUUCAGAGAGGAUAUUAAAAAACUUUACCGUCAAGCUGGUGUGGACAAUCGCCCUACUGUAUUCCUCUUUACGGAUACUGAGAUCGUCGAUGAGACGUUUCUGGAAGACAUCAACAAUAUACUGAGUUCGGGCGAGGUGCCUAACCUUUAUAAAGCUGACGAGUUUGAGGAGAUUCAGACUGCUCUCUCAGAUGCAGCCAAAGCCAAUAAUAUUCCAGAGACCCCUGACAACAUUUUCGGCUACCUAAUUGAGAGAGUGAAGAAUAACCUUCACAUUGUCCUGUGCAUGAGCCCCGUAGGAGAUCCCUUCAGAAAUCGAAUUCGUCAGUAUCCAGCUUUGGUGAACUGCACCAGCAUUGACUGGUUCUCAGAAUGGCCUAAAGAUGCUCUUCUUGAAGUGGCAGAGAAAUACCUGGAGGGGGUGUCCUUAGGAACAGAGGAAGGGGUUAAUAACAGAGUAUCUCAAGUAUUUGUCACCAUUCAUCAAUCAGUUGUUGAAUACUCAGAGAAGAUGAAGAUGGAAAUAAGAAGACAGAAUUAUGUCACCCCUACAAACUACCUGGAACUAGUGUCAGGAUAUAAGAAGUUGUUGGCUGAGAAACGAAAGGAACUUGGAGACCAGGUGAACAAGCUGAGGAAUGGCCUCUUCAAGAUUGAUGAAACACAAAUUAAAGUGGCCGCCAUGUCUUUGGAACUGGAGGAAGCCAAAAGGAAAGUGGCAGAGUUUCAGAAGCAAUGCGAAGAGUUCCUGGUGAUCAUAGUGCAGCAGAGACGGGAGGCAGAUGAGCAGCAGAAGACUGUGACGGCCCACAGUGAAAAGAUCAGCGUUGAAGAAGUCAAAUGUAAAGCCAUGGCAGACAAUGCUCAGAAGGAUCUGGACGAGGCAAUGCCAGCACUGGAGGAAGCCAUGAAGGCUUUAGAGUCACUUAACAAAAAAGACAUGACAGAAAUCAAAUCAUAUGGCCGACCGCCUGUCUUGGUGGAAAAAGUCAUGCAAGCUGUGAUGAUCCUGAUAGGCGUUGAUCCCACAUGGGCUGAAGCCAAGAGACAGCUAGGUGAGCCAAACUUCAUUAAACAGCUUGUCAACUUUGACAGGAAUAACAUUUCAGACAGGGUGUUGAAGAAGAUUGGCCAGUACUGCACCCAGCCUGACUUUCAGCCUGAUAUCAUUGGACGUGUCUCCCUUGCUGCCAAGUCUCUUUGUAUGUGGGUUCGUGCCAUGGAGGUCUACGGACGUAUUUACCGGGUGGUGGAGCCUAAACAGUUAAGGCUGGAGUCGGCAAAGGCACAGUUAGCAGAGAAGCAGGCGGCUCUAGCUGAAUCACAAGCAAAACUGAAAGAGGUUGGAGAAAAACUGGAACUGCUUAAGAAGCAGUAUGAAGAGAAAUCCACCCAAAAGGAAGAGCUUCGCAAAAAGUCAGAAGAAAUGGAGAUCAAGCUAGAUCGGGCUGAUAAACUAGUCAAUGGGCUGGCAGGCGAGAAGAUACGUUGGGAGAGCACUGUCAAGGAUUUGGAAGAAAGCAUGGGGUACUUGGUUGGAGACUGUUUAAUGGCGGCCGCCUUCCUCUCCUACUUGGGGCCUUUCUUGUCCAAUUAUAGAGAAGAAAUAGUUGUUAACAUUUGGAUGAAGCAGAUACGAGCACUCACUGUGCCCACCUCACCAAACUUUAACUUUGCCAACUUCCUGUCCAAGCCAACAGUGGUCCGAGAAUGGAACAUCCAAGGAUUGCCAUCUGAUGCCUUCUCCACUGAGAAUGGGGUCAUUGUUACUCGGGGCAACAGAUGGCCUCUGAUGAUUGACCCUCAAGGACAAGCUCAAAAAUGGAUCAAGAACAUGGAAAAUUCUAAGGGGUUGAAGAUUAUCGAUCUGCAAAUGGCCGAUUUUAUGCGCACACUGGAGAAUGCAAUUCAGUUUGGCUCGCCUGUCCUCUUACAGAACGUGCAGGAGGAGUUGGAUCCAUCCCUGGCCCCAGUCCUCAACAAGUCUGUCACCAAAAUCGGUGGCCGUUUGCUGAUCCGGCUGGGAGAUAAGGAGGUGGAGUACAGUCCUGAGUUCCGUUUCUACAUCACCACCAAGCUGCCAAACCCUCAUUACACGCCUGAAAUAUCCACCAAAACCACCAUCGUCAACUUUGCAGUCAAGGAGCAGGGUCUGGAGGCACAGCUGCUUGGCAUUGUGGUACGUAGGGAGCGACCUGAACUUGAAGAGCAGAAGGAUUCUCUGGUUAUCAACAUAGCCUCGGGCAAGAAGAAACUGCAGGAAUUAGAAGAUGAAAUCUUACGGUUGCUGAAUGAGGCCACCGGUUCCCUUUUGGAUGAUGUUCAGCUGGUAAACACCUUGCAGACCUCUAAAGUGACUGCAACUGAGGUGGCUGAACAGCUGGAGACCAGUGAGCAAACGGAAAUCAAGAUCGAUACUGCCAGAGAGGCUUAUCGGUCAUGUGCUCAACGGGCAUCAAUCCUCUUUUUUGUCCUCAACGACAUGGGCCGCAUUGACCCAAUGUACCAGUUCUCUCUGGACACCUACAUCGAUCUGUUUAACCUGAGCAUUGAGAAAAGCCCACGCAACUACAAGCUUGAGGAGAGGAUCAGUAAUCUCAAUGACUACCACACCUAUGCUGUAUACAGGUAUACGUGUAGAGGCCUUUUUGAGCGUCACAAGCUGUUGUUCAGCUUCCAGAUGUGUUCUAAGAUCCUAGAAGUGGCUGGCAAACUCAACAAAGAUGAAUACAACUUCUUCCUCCGUGGAGGAGUGGUGCUGGACAGAGAAGAUCAGAUGGAUAAUCCUUGCACAUCCUGGUUGGCAGAUGCAAACUGGGACAACAUCACAGAACUGGACAAGCUGGCCAACUUCCAUGGCAUCAUGAACUCCUUUGAGCAGUACCCACGAGACUGGCAUUUGUGGUACACCAGUGCAGAACCCGAGAGUGUAACUCUGCCAGGUGAAUGGGAAAAUGCCUGCAAUGAGCUUCAAAGAAUGUUAAUAGUACGCUCAUUACGGCAAGACAGAGUGGCAUUCUGUGUCACCUCCUUUGUCAUAAACAACUUGGGCUCCAAAUUUGUUGAACCUCCUGUACUGGAUAUGAAGUCGGUGGUGGACGACUCUAGCACAAAGACUCCCCUUAUUUUUGUGCUGUCCCCAGGAGUGGAUCCUACCUCUGCACUGCUACAGCUGGCUGAAAAGUCUGGCAUGGCACAACGAUUCCAUGCCCUGUCACUGGGGCAAGGCCAGGCUCCCAUCGCAACUCGCAUGAUUAAAGAAGGAGUCAAGAGCGGUCACUGGGUUUUCCUGGCCAACUGUCAUCUUUCACUUUCCUGGAUGCCCCAGUUGGACAAGCUGGUUGAACAUCUGCAAGUGGAAGAACCUCAUCCUGACUUCAGGCUGUGGUUGAGCUCUAGUCCGCACCCCGAUUUUCCCAUUUCCAUUUUGCAAGCGGGCAUCAAAAUGACCACUGAGCCACCAAAGGGCUUGAAGGCAAACAUGAAGCGCCUGUACCAUCUGAUUACUGAGCAGCAGUUUGCCCGCUGCACAAAGCCACCCGUGUACAAGAAGCUGCUGUUCUCUCUGUGCUUCUUCCAUAGUGUGCUGCUAGAGAGAAAGAAGUUCCUUCAGCUCGGCUGGAAUAUUGUAUAUGGCUUUAAUGACUCUGAUUUUGAGGUUUCUGAAAAUCUCUUGAGCCUCUACUUAGAUGAGUAUGAAGAGACUCCUUGGGAUGCACUCAAAUACCUCAUUGCCGGGGUUAACUAUGGGGGCCAUGUGACAGACGACUGGGACAGGCGCCUUCUCAGCACAUACAUCAACGACUAUUUCUGCGAACAGGCCAUUGCAGCACCUUAUUUCCAGCUUUCUUCUUUGUCUACAUAUUAUAUCCCAAAGGAUGGACCCAUUGUGUCUUAUCGGGAAUACAUCAGCAUGCUCCCCAACAUGGAUCAUCCGGAAGCAUUCGGCCAGCAUCCAAAUGCAGAUAUUGCUAGCCAGAUCACAGAGGCCCGCACUCUUUUUGAGACACUGUUGUCUCUACAACCCCAGAUUACUGUACCCUCAGGGGGCACUGGGCAAAGCCGAGAGGAGAAGGUGUUGGAUCUCUCUGCUGAUGUUCGCCAGAAAAUUCCAGAUGAGCUUGAUUAUGAAGGCAUACGCACAAUUCUGGCGGAUGACACCUCACCCUUGAAUGUGGUGCUGCUCCAGGAGAUCCAGCGCUAUAAUGCCCUACUCUGCACCAUCAAAUCUUCUUUGAUUGAACUCGAGAAAGGAAUCCAGGGCCUGGUUGUCAUGUCUGCAGACCUGGAAGAGACAUUCAAUUACAUCUAUGAUGCCAGAGUGCCACCCUUAUGGGAAAGAGCAUACCCAUCUCUAAAGCCUUUGGGCUCUUGGACUCGCGAUCUGGUCCAUCGGGUAGAGCAGUUCUCCAAAUGGGCCGAGACCACCCAUCCUCCUGUGCUUUUCUGGUUGUCAGGCUUCACUUUCCCAACAGGAUUUCUGACUGCUGUGCUCCAGGCCUCUGCAAGGCAGAAUAACAUUUCAGUCGACACACUGUCAUGGGAGUUCAUUGUUUCAACAGUGGAUGACAACAACUUACUUUUCCCUCCAAAGGAUGGUGUUUUCAUAAAAGGCCUCUAUCUAGAGGGUGCCGGCUGGGACAAGAAGAACUCCUGCCUUGUGGAAGCUGAACCCAUGCAGCUCGUCUGCCCUAUGCCCACAAUACACUUUCGUCCAGUUGAAAAGAAGAAAAGUGGCAAAGGUAUUUACUCCUGCCCUUGCUAUUAUUUCCCCAAUCGGGCAGGAGCAGCUGGCCGAGCUUCCUUUGUAGUUGGAGUGGACCUUAAAGCAGGAGCCAUGACAGCGGACCACUGGAUCAAGAGGGGAACAGCACUGCUGAUGAGUCUGGACACAUGAGAUGUUUGCCAUCAAGACGUGCAACAAACUUUCUUAAUUGUACACUCACACAACCAGCCAAGUGGAGAAGUCCCACCCACUCUUGGUCAAAGGGUCUGUAAGUUGGGUAAAUCCCACAUGUCCACAGCACAUUUUGCUCAGAAGUUUAAAUGCAAUCCUGGUAUGCCAAACCACAUAAAGCCAAGAGCCCCUCAUGAGGCGACUGGGUUCAAUUUGAAUUCAAGGUCUAAACAGCUGCAUUUCUGGCUCCUAAUUGACAUGAUUCAGUUGAGUAAAAUCACUACACCAGGUUAAAGGUCAGUGAACCCCUCUGUGGCCAUCAACGCUGGUGACAUUUCAUUCAUUUUUCUGCUUUCCAAGGCACUUAAACCCCCACGACCUUGUAAAUAUGCACUGUAAGCCAUGUAGAGUGGCCAGCCUGCCAGGCAGGUGCCGAGUACAUCACUCACAUAACAUGGUGACCAGAGGAGCAAAGGGGCACCCCCAAAACAGGCCCCCAUCCUGAUCGGCCUCACUUCUUUAUACUUUCUACUCAUCAAUGUGAUGAUCUGAUGGAUGUCUAAUGCUUUUUAUGCUCUUUCAUUUAUUGUUUGAAAUAAAAAUGCUUCUGACUA